AGGCCUCAAACUCAUCUUCUGCUCCAACACAUAUAUCAUAAUCUACAGAUCGAGUUGAGACCUAGCUAGCUAGCGUCCUCCUAAUUAAGCAAUGGCAUCCUCCUCCUCCACUCUGUACUCCACCCCAGCCUUCUCACCCACCAUCCAGAGGGGUGGUGGCUUGAGCCACAUCAUCACUCCUUCCAACAUCUCCUUCCAAGGCCUCAGGCCCCUCACCAAGCUGAGCGCCACCACCAAGCUGAGCGCCACCACCCCCAAAAGAAGGAUGAGUAGUAUUGUGAAGGCAGAGGCUCUGAACCCAGCGCUGGUGAUAAGCCUGAGCACAGGGCUAUCCCUGUUCUUGGGGAGGUUCGUGUUCUUCAACUUCCAGAGGGAGAACGUGGCGAAGCAGGUGCCUGAGCAGAACGGGCUGACCCACUUCGAGGCCGGUGAUACUCGUGCCAAGGAGUACGUUAGCCUCCUCAAAUCAAACGACCCAGUUGGGUUCAACAUCGUUGACGUCCUUGCUUGGGGUUCCAUCGGCCACAUCGUCGCUUACUACAUCUUGGCCACUUCCAGCAACGGCUAUGAUCCCAAGUUCUUCGACUGAUUUUAUUUUCCCUGUAACUUUGUAAUAUGUAUAGUUUAUUUUUAGCCUGGGGCUGGGGGUAUCGGAGUUUAAUUUCUUCUCUUUAUUUUUGUCUUUAGUUUCAUUUAAUUUCCUUGUUUGAUUCAUCAUGGGUUUGCAUGAAAAAGUCAAGUGGCAGAUCGAGGGUUGUGCUUUCUUAAUUUA